UGCUCCGCCGGACCGCAGAGCUCCCGGCCGGCGGCGGCUGCAGCGACGGCGGAGGAAGUUUCCGCUUUGCCUCCAUCCCGGUAGCAGCUCCGCGGCCGGGGACAGCUUCCUCCGGGCGCUCCGCGAGCUUUGCUGCGGCCGCACGGCUGUCACAGGACCAUGGGGUUGCCCAAGGGCCCGGAGGGCCAGGGUCUCCCGGAGGUUGAAACAAGAGAAGAUGAAGAACAAAACGUCAAGCUGACUGAAAUUCUGGAGCUUUUGGUUGCAGCUGGAUAUUUCAGGGCACGAAUUAAAGGUUUGUCACCUUUUGACAAGGUAGUAGGAGGGAUGACUUGGUGCAUUACCACUUGCAGCUUUGACAUAGACGUUGAUUUGCUCUUUCAGGAAAACUCUACAAUAGGACAAAAAAUAGCACUAUCCGAAAAAAUCGUCUCAGUCCUGCCAAGGAUGAAGUGUCCACACCAGCUGGAGCCCCACCAGAUCCAGGGCAUGGAUUUUAUUCACAUAUUUCCUGUUGUCCAGUGGCUGGUGAAGCGAGCUAUAGAAACCAAGGAAGAAAUGGGGGACUACAUCCGCUCCUACUCCAUAUCCCAGUUCCAGAAAACCUACAGUCUCCCCGAGGAUGAUGACUUCACAAAGAGAAAAGAAAAGGCCAUCAAGACAGUUGUUGACCUUUCAGAUGUUUACAAGCCCCGUCGGAAAUACAAACGCCAGCAGGGAGCAGAAGAGCUGCUCGAUGAAGAAUCCCGAGUCCAUGCCACACUUUUGGAAUAUGGCAGGAGAUAUGGAUUUAGCCGCCAGAGCAAAACAGAGAAGGCCGAGGACAAGAAGACGGUCCUUCCCGCAGGGCUCUCGGCUGCAGAAAAAGCUGAUGCCCGUGAGGAAGAUGAGCUUCAAGCUGCUGAAGAGCAGCGUAUCCAGUCAUUGAUGACCAAGAUGACCGCCAUGGCCAAUGAGGAGAGCCGCCUCACUGCCAGCUCCGUAGGCCAGAUCGUGGGACUCUGCUCCGCCGAGAUCAAGCAGAUCGUGUCCGAGUACGCAGAGAAGCAGUCUGAGCUGUCAGCCGAAGAAAGUCCAGAAAAAUUAGGAACCUCUCAACUUCAUCGUCGCAAAGUCAUCUCCUUGAAUAAGCAGAUUCUACAGAAGACCAAACAUCUGGAAGAGCUGCAGGCAAGUCAUACCAGCCUACAAGCCAGAUACGAUGAAACAAAGCAAACUCUGACAGAGCUGAAGCGUCACAGUGAGAAACUGGACAAAGAGCAGGCAGCCCUGGAGAAGAUAGAAUCCAAAGCAGACCCCAGUCUCCUGCAGAACUUGAGAGCACUUGUAGCCAUGAAUGAAAAUCUGAAAAGUCAGGAACAAGAGUUUAAAGCACAUUGUCGAGAAGAGAUGACACGGCUGCAGCAGGAUAUUGAAAACCUGAAAGCUGAGAGAGUACCGGGCGGAGAUGAAAAGAGCCUCUCUGCUGGAGAGCCACGUGGUGGCCUAACCCCCGUGAUGACUCAUAGUGAAGACCUGGACAGACGAUAUAACAUGGAGAAAGAGAAACUUUACAAGAUCCGUUUGCUACAGGCUCGAAGAAAUCGAGAAAUAGCAAUUUUGCACCGCAAGAUUGACGAAGUCCCCAGCCAAGCUGAGUUAAUACAGUAUCAGAAGAGAUUCAUUGAACUCUACCGUCAGAUUUCAGCAGUGCACAAAGAAACCAAGCAGUUCUUCACUUUGUAUAAUACCCUGGAUGAUAAAAAGGUGUAUUUGGAAAAAGAGAUCAGCCUGCUGAACUCAAUUCAUGAGAACUUCUCACAAGCCAUGGCCUCCCCUACUGCCCGGGACCAGUUUUUACGUCAGAUGGAACAGAUCGUAGAAGGGAUUAAGCAGAGCAGAAUGAAGAUGGAGAAGAAGAAGCAAGAGAACAAGAUGCGAAGAGACCAGUUGAACGACCAGUACUUGGAACUGUUAGAAAAGCAGAGGCUGUACUUUAAGACUGUGAAGGAGUUCAAGGAGGAGGGCCGCAAGAAUGAGGUGCUGCUGUCCAAGAUGAGAGCCAAGGCCUCUUGAAGAUUCCCAGACAUCACCAUAUGUCAUCGAUUUUUUUUUAACGCCAUUUAUCAACUGCAAGAUGGUGAAGAUAGUUCUGAACACUACAGUAGAGAGAUGCAGGGGCCGUGAUCGCAGCACCAGGAUAUUUUCUUUCUCCCAUUUGCUUCCAUUUCAUCUCUCUGUUGUUGACGGAACCAGACGGUGCAGACACGGUAGCUUGGAGAACACCUGUCAUCCUAUGAAGAAAUGCAGGCAGUAUCUGUUCUGUGUCGGGUCAGCUUGAAUUUCUCCAGUAACAUUGCACAUAUGAAGGUACCUGUAUCUGUGUGGACUCUGAAUAAAAAGGAAUUCACUUGUUCAGCAGAUGUUAAUUGAGCAACCAUUGAGAAGUAGGCACUGAGGGAGACAGAAGUAUAAAAUCCAGGCCCUGCGCCUCGGGCAGCCAGCCAGUGGCCCAGGGAGCAGAAACAGCCCAUUUGACCCAGAGCUCAGCUCAGUCACCUGAGGUUUUUUGGUUCUUUUUUCUUUUUUUCUUUUUUUCUUUUUUUUUUUUUUUUUUUUUUUUUAAGUAAGCAAAGGCUUUUAGCUGAAUGACCAGCCCACGUGAAUAUGGUCACGUGGGCCCUUUGCUUACCCUUGGUGCCUUUUGUUCCUGGCUCCUCGAGGUGCCAGCCAGCAGUCUUAAUGGUGUAGCCGCAAGAAUGAAAGCUCAGUGGCUGAAUUCUUACACAUGACUCGAGUUUAUUUCACCAAAAAUUGAAAACAGGGGCCUCAUAUUCAGGACCUCGUAAACAAGAAGGAUACCUUAAUCUGCCCUGUUUCUCACAUGAGUCCCAGCCAGACGUGGUGCCCCCCUCUUCAUUAGGCACACAUGCCAGGAGCUCCAUGUAUGGACAGGUCCUGGGCCAAGCAAUGAGAUGAGACACACACCAUCCACUGGGCUCCAGGGAUUGCAUGAUAAAUGCUGUGAGCAGAAAGCAGAGGGCAUUGGAGGAGGAAGAACAGUGAGGCACACAGAGAUCCAGGAGACUUCGUGGGGGAGGCAGUACUGGGACUAGAGCAGAACGGGGAGUUGCAUUUUAACAGGCGGAGAUAGGUGGGAAGGCCACUUUGGAUAAAUAUGACUGUAAUUAGAAAUUUGAAAGGGUGCAGGGAGAGUACAAGGUGCUUGUUGGGCAAGGAGUGGAGGGGCCUGUCUGCAGGAACGGCCGGCUGGGACCAGCCUUCAGGACCACGGGAGGUGGGGGCUUGAAGGCAGGCAGAGCAGUAGACUCUGUCCUCCAGAAAUGAGCAGUCAGGACCAGAUGGGGACCCCCUCCUUUCGUGGCUGUCAGGGAUCCGGCAGCCCAGCUGUGUCCAGUGAACCCUGGCACGAGGUGGACAUUUCAUUCUGCGUGCUUGCACACGUGCUUGUCAGCGGGCUCGAACGUGACACAUAGAAGCUUAUACAGGGAGGCAGCUGGGGUGUUCAGUGCAGUCACAGGAACAGCAUAUCCAUUCUUAGUUCUCUGAGAUGUGCAGUAAGCAAAUCUGAUGUGCACAGACCUUUAAAAAUCCCUUGCUGGAUUAGCAGCAGGCACUGGUUUCUGUGGUCAGGCAGCAAGGCCUGUCUAGCUCCCAGAGCUGUGGAAGUAGCAGGUCCCGAGGUGAUGCUCCCCUGUGCCAAGUGUGCCCUUCCUGGGCCCUGUACGUCUCCCCUCAGUGGCUCCCACGGGGCUGCUGUCAGCUGCAGGUUGAUUUUUGAAACGGCCCCAGGCAGUUGAAGCCAGUGACAGCCAGAAAGCAGGUGGCCCUCUGAGGGCUGGGGAGGGGGCAGCUGUUUGCCAAUUAUUUCAGGUUGGGGAAACAUCUGUGUUUUCGUGUUGAGAAGCUCAUGGACCCACUCCCUAGCCUUGUUUUGAGCCGUUAUGAAAUUGUCUAUUUGUCCAGAGGUGGUAGGGAGGAGAGUAGGUUAUAUUCUGGGGUUCGGUAGCCCACCUCUGCUGUCAGGGCAAAUACGGCAUGACGAAUCCAAAGCUACUAAUUAAUAACCAUUUAGGGACAUUUAUUGCGCUGUGUUUCCAAAGAAUUUCAUUUUGAUUUGGUUUUGCUAUAGGGAGGGAUCAGAUUUCCUUUCCCCUUUUAACCCACAAGGCCUAAUACAGACAAGUUCGUUCCCAUUCCUUGGACACAUCUUGAUUAGACUGCAGGAGCCAGAUUAGAAAAGUCUGUGUUUGCUUCAGGUGACCCACAGAGUGGAUGGUGUCUUUGUGAGGAAUUAGGACCAUAAGCAUGCCUUACAGUCAGGCCUUAGAGGCCAGUGUGAUGCCCUGAGGCCCCUUCAUUUCAGAAGCCCCUCAGGAGAGUUCCUUCCGGGACAUCUCGUGGGCCCAGAGUAUGACUGGGUAUUGUGCUAAGCCCACAGACUUUUCUGGAGUUUAAAAAAAGGGGGGGGGGGGCAGCAGGAAACAUGCUUAAGUUACUUAUAUGAAAUGUGUGCUUCUGGAGGAAUGAGGCUUCCCCAGGAAGCAUUCUGUUGCCCCUGUUCAGUCAGAGCCAUAAGCUUGCUGUCCGGGUGCCCUGGUAUUCUUCGCCAGCCUCAGGUGGAGCGCCGUCCUCCCUGACACACAGACGUCUCGUGGAGUACAUGGCUGCCUUGGUAUAAACCGAAGUCAGAGCUACUGAGCAGUACAAACCAGAGGGCCACGAGGUAUAUGCGGAGACAUUGAGACAUGUUCCUUAUUGUCCUCUGCCUGGGUUCGGUCUCUUGGGUCCCUGGGGUCAGCUCAAAUGAGGGAGGUGUCAAAUGUUUGAGAAUGCUGCCAAGGUGACAUGUCGGGGUCUGUUUCCUUUUUGAACAGAGCAAAUUCCAGGUUUGUCAGGCCGAAGUUCUUGUUAGAGUCUCAAGUGUAUGGUUCUCACUGGGUUCUGGUCCGUUGCCCAUAUUCUGUGGGUAGCCAGGGCCUGCCAGUGUCUGCUAAAGCAGGACCAGAAGGCCGAGGGGCUGGGACAGAUAGCAGGCCUUUCUCGGGCUGGGGAAACACUCCUUGACAAACAGCGUAGCUCUUGGGACCCUCUGAAACCAGGAGCAGAGGACGGGGAUGGCCCCGGCAGCCCUCUCCUACCUCACCAAGCGCCAUCCCCAUGACCUCAGGCUGACUGUCGCUGGCCCUGAUCACGUCUGUAGUGACCAGAGCAGGCCUGCCAGCAGAGGUUUGGACUGCAAGCAGUGGCCUGUAAAGCAGGCCACCUUGAUUCCUGCGCCCCAGGCGUGGCCUGGUCAUGCCCUCUCUGCAUGUGACUGAUGAUCAGUGUAGAGGGAAGCAGCCAUUCGAGCAAUAAACUGUAACAGGUACUUUGCCUGAGCCUGAGAGGUGGAGUUGGCUUGAAGCUUGCUUCAGGGAAGAACGUUGAAGAAGCGCUUUAUGCUUUCCUUGGGUUUGAUGUUGGCUUCAGGGUACAAGCCCUUACCACACAGCAGUCUGGCAAAGAGCCCCAGCAAGGUGAGCUACUUGCUGGCCAUCUGUGUGGCCACACAAUAGUCAGGUGGGGCACCUUAUAUGAGGCAUCCUCAGAGCCCCCACAAUCCCCACGCCUUCUCUCAGUGCUUUUCCCCAAGUCCAGAGCCUUUCUUCCAACAGCACAUGGCGACAGGCUGAAAAACACUAUGUAAAAAAAUCCUGUUGUCAUGGUGCCCACUCUCCUCACGAUAAACGUGUAGAGGCUUUGAGGGGAUCUAGUAGCUGGCCUAUGACUCAUGUGACAUUGUGGGGAAUACUGUGGGUUUUCCGCAUCAGCCUUAUACUCGUUCCUCAGACGCGCCAAGCUCAUAACCUGCCCGUGGCUGUUGUCCUUGCUGCUGCCUCUGCCUGGACCGCCAUCCAUCCAAGGUCACGGGCAGUGGCUUUCCUAAUCUGCUAUAGACCCAUUCAGUGGUGGCCUGCAGCACCAAUCACCUUCUGCACUUUCCCCUGCUGUCUCUCUUGGUGGCACAGGCUACUUACUGUUUGAUCUCAGUCCUUUGUGAAGUCUGCUGCGUGCCCACCCGCCAGAGUGGGAGAAAGCAGGAACCUUGCAGUCUCCCAGAGUCUUGCUCAGGCUCAUGGCCAGGAAAUCCUGGCGGAAAAAAAAUAGCUUCUCUAAAUUGUGACUUUGUAUCCCUGUAUUAGCAGAGUUUAGAAUGAAACUUGGCAUCUAACUGAUGCUCCGUUUGCAUACAGGUGGGCAGUUUCACUCGGCAGCUUGUGAGGAUCUCCUAGAGUGUCUUUGUCAGACUCCAGCCUCGUCGGAACGACAGAGGUGUCAGAGGUCUAAGACCUUUCAAAGCAAUUACCUUUCAUGUGGGUUUUUUCUCCCCAGAUGGGGAAGGAGAAAGGGAACACACAGGUGUCAGGGACUAUGAGGUCAUGAGUCUAUUUGGUUCAAAGUAUGUCAUGAACCUAAUGGUCACUUGACUAGUUGACGUGACUCAGCCACAUGAAACCAGGAAGUGGGGAGCAGCACUGGGAUGCGGUGUUGGUAGAAGUACGAACUGUGCAGACCCGUGGUCGAACAAUAUCUCUGAACAGUGCCCAGACUUCUUGAGCCGGCAAUGCUACUUCUGGGAAUCUUCCCCACGUACAGGGAUUUUCAUGCAGCAUUAUUUGUAAUAGCAAAAAGUCGGAAACUACCACCAACAUAGGGCAAGGGAUAAGAAAAUCAUGGUGAAUCCGUGCAACGGGCUCUUAAAUUUAGAAGAACGGAGUCACUCUGCAUGUACUGCCGUGGGAUGAUCCCUAAGGCACAUGGUAAAGUAGGGGACAAGAGGCUCUUGGUAUGCUAGUGUUUGUUUUUGAAAAGGGGGAAAGGGUGGAGAAAAAUGCGUGUCGAUGGGCAUACACACGUGUGGUGCAAACAUGCACAUCUGACUACAGAUCUUCUGGCGUAUGCCUAGACUAUCUCUGGGAGGACACACAGGAACCUGACGGCUUCAGUUGCCUCUGGGAAGAGGGGUGGGAAUUGCUUUUCACUGUAUACCUUUUGUACCUUUUGAAUUUUAUACCAUGUACAUAUAUUAUCUAUUCAAAAAAUAAAAGUUUUUAAAUCUUAA